UUCAGUGCGUGCGCCCCAGACUGUGGUAUCGAUCCCACCACUAGCAACCACCACUCCUUCAUUCUUACCGUAGUCGGCCAUCGCCCCGCGGCACGGUACCACUCGCAAGUCUUACAACUAUCGCCAAACAUCACAUAUGACAGCCAAAUUUUGAUACAAUUCAACGUGCCAUGUACACAGUGCCUUAUCUAUUAGACGUUAGUUCGUUAAACGUAAUAGGAAGCAAGGGAAUCAAAUAAAUCUCGUAUCGUAGUACCGAGUCCCCCACGGUGCGAAUAGUCGAGCAAUAUAGGUUCUUUCGUGACACUAACCUGACGGAGCGUGAUAGUGACUCUUAGUCAUCAGCUGUUAGUUGAGUUAGAUGAGUUUAUGAAAAAAAUUGCAUGAUCUGCAUAAAGACAGUCAGUGAGUCAAACAGCUGAGCGGUGUUCGGACGCGGUUAUUUAAGUUAUCAUACGGAACGUUAUACGAUAUAUAUAUAUAUAUAUAUAUAUAUUAUUUUAUGUUGCCGUGUAAGUGAAAUGGUGUCGUGGUCUUUCUUAUAAUGGAAAGGAGCGUUUUGGACACGAGGCAUAUACAGUGGGCUUCUGAACUGCACUCCGAAUACCGCAGCACUUACAGAUGGCACGAGUACAAGGAGCAGCAACAGCAGCAGGGGGUGGUGAAGCAGCCAGCACCCACUCCCCCCACCGCUCUGCCGAUAGCCCGCGGUCUGUUCACAGGGGCGAUCGAACCUGCAAUGCCUCGUCGGAAGAAGUAUCCAGGUGUAGCGUACAAGACGAACGAACUCUUCGACCCGGCGCCCGCUGACGACAUCCGCCCCCAGCAGGCAUCCGCCUUCGAGCGCGCACGGAGUGCUCAGAGAAAUGAUUCAGAGCGUGCCGGGAGACGAAGCAAAUCUGAAGGUCCUCGCCAGCCACGCUGGACAGACACUGUGGAGCCAAAGGCGACCACAGCAUUGGGUGAGGUCCUGGCUGCGAAGGAGCCGGAGACUGUGAGCACCGAGUACCGGAACCAGUUCGCAUGGCCUAAAGAUGAGGUGGUGCCGAGGAAGAGCAUCUCCAUGGGAGCACUCAAGAAAGCUGCUGUGGCUGAAGGUUUAGUGGAAGCAGAGCCUCUCAUGAACCACGUCGACGGAGACCACGAGGACGGACCCAAGCGUUACAUCGAAGACUAUCUGUGGAACGGCCAGAAGCCAGGGGUACAGAGAAAAUCGACGUUCCGUAGCGCGCUAUCGGCCCUCAUAUACAACGGGGAGGAUCGGUCCAAAGAUAAUAGGAAACGUUACAAAAGCGAGUACAAAAAGAAAUUUAGACCGUUCUCUCAAUACGUGUACGAGGCGUCUAAAGGGACAUUUACAAAAUGCAGGGGGAAAGGGAAGUCGAUAGAGGAGGCGAGCGAGAGGUUGGUGGGGGACACGGAGGGUGCGGGGGCGGGGGCCGGGGAUGUGGGGGUAGCGGGGCAGCUGCAGGGGACGGGGCAGGGGCAAGCACAGGGGGCGGCUGUCGAAGACACGGCCAGCACGCUGCGCGCUGCCGGCCUGCAGCCACUCGGACUCGCGCAGGGCGACUCCUGGUACCGCGAGGUCCUGGAUCUGCGCAAGCGUGCCGGCGAAUACAAGUACCGCGGCUGGGGAACCGAACUCGCUCCAGAGCACAUCACUCAGCUUUACAAUAAGCAAAUCGAGCUCUGGUACCAAGUGUCCCGCCGGUCGUCGCUGUCUGCCCUAUCACUCGCUUCCACCAAUCACAAGGCUUUGCCUCGAGAUGAGAAGGACGGCAAGGAGUCCAGAAACCUGUCUCCCAAGAAGUUCCGGUCUUUCCGCUCGGCACCGCACCAAUCCAUUCACGCUAAGCUUCAGGAGACCAAGGCUUUAGAACGAUCGCCUCAUAAGACAUCUCCUCAAAAACAGAGGAAGAAGCUGCAAGGGCACAGUUUCGACGAGGGAGCUGUUCAGGAUGGGGCAAAAUCCGAAGGUUCGUUCCGUUCUCCGCGCCGCCGACCACGCUCUGCUGACCCCGCGCCCGCGCCCCCUCGUGCUGCCACCGACGCCGAGCGCCCGCACAAGCCCACCGGUUUGCCGUUAAGUAGGGGGAGUAGUAGUAGAGUUAGGUCGACAUCGCGGGGGGGCCGGUCGCCCUCCGCCCCCACCAAAACGGGGACAGGAUUAGUGAAUGGGGCCGUUGAGGCAAACGGGGCAGGACGGGUAAACGUGACUACACCACCGGCCCGACGAAGCCGGAGCGUCUCGAAAGUGGGCAUAAAACUGGAUGAUGACAUUCCCAAUCAUCGCAGCGCUUCAGUCGCCAAGGAUCACUUCUUCGAUGAUUCCCCGAUAGUAAAGUCUCCUCCGGAGCCGACGCGGGUGAAGUCGCCAGAACAGAUGAACAUGCGCUCGCCGGAUCCUGUCAACUGGACCGUGCCUCUGGACACGGGAAAGACGUUCACCGUCACACAGAACGUCAAAAGCGAAAUCGCUCCAAUUCAUCAUCAGCAAAUGUCUCCGAUACGUUCGCUCAAGAAGAGCGAGUCCCCGACGAGCUUGAGCAAACGGACUGACAAAACACCCACCACUCCCAUCAGCCUCACACCCAUCGAUGAAACCAAGGCUCUGGACUUGAACAAAGUUAACGGCGUUAACGGUUUGAACAGCAACCAGCUGACUCCGGAAACACCAGUCCAGGAGCAUCUCGCUGAGAAGGAAGUCAUUAAAAAGUCGACUGAAGCGACUCAGGUCGCACCGGGAGUAGUGGAUACAACUGUAGUCAAUGAGACACCCACUGGUGGUCUAACCGCUUCCGAGGUCCUAGACAGGGCUCGCACGAGGUUCGACAAGUUUUGGGGCAAGAAAGAGGACGACGUUUAAUCACGUCGAAUAGAAAUUUGUCUGUAAAUCGUGACAUGAUGCUGCCUCAAGAAACAAAAGCUAUCCAUACACUUCAUUGUACACCAAAUAACAUUGGAGCAAUCAAGACGCUAGUGAAGCCCUAAUAGAAUGCAUCCAUGAUGAGUCACGGUUACGACAAAUAAAAGUAGGAGACGUGUUAAAAUAGCUUCGCUUCAAACGACAUAUAUAAUAUAUUAAUUUAUGAAUUAUGAUCACUGUCAUAAUAGUGUGAUGGCUUGUGAUAGUAGUGAUGACCCUGAUAGUUAGAAUCAAUUAAAUUGGUUACUAAUAUUGUACUGUUACGGUUUUAUCGAUUUUUGAACACUGGUUCCUUUUAAUUCUUACGAUUACAGACAAGGUUACUUCAAAAGAUAAUCAAUUGCUCUUCAAAUAGUUUAACAAUAUCAUAUUCGACAACAAAUUGGAAAGUUUAAUAUUUUGCAGUCUAUCGUUUCGUUAAUGCACUCAUUUUAGCUGCAUGUACCGUCGGCCUGUCCGUCCAUCGUAGCAAAAAUUUUAACUCUGUUAUAUCUCAUACCUCUGAAAAAUAUGAUUGUAUGAUUUCACUUACUUCUGGAAAUUAUGCUCACUAAACGUUUUAACGGACGAAAACCUAAUUUGAUAAUAAUAGAAAAAGUGACCAAUUUUGAUUGUUUUGUGCCACUGAUCGAUUUGCUAAAAUAUUAAUUUGUUAUUUUUCAAUUAUUGUAACAUUAUCCCUUAUUAACUUUUUUUUGUAGCGUUUAUAUAAAAGUUGACGGUAUUACUCUUAAAGUAUAAAUAAUAGCUUAUAAAAGCAAAGUAUACUGGUAUUGAUACGGUAAGCCGUCCAAAGUAGUAUUUUUUGCAUAUAUUUCCCAAAAUUAUUUUCCCAACAAAAUAUAUAAGCAAAGUAUUUUUCGAAUAGUUCUGUUUUAUCUGUAUACAACAACUGCAUUUACGCGGGAAUCUUGGAAUAAGUUUGCUUGAUACAUAUUGCUUGUAUAAAUAUUUAAAAAAAUAAUAAGAAUUAAUAUAAUAUGGAUGUUUCACGGCAAUCGUGUAGAUUGUGUCUGUCAGUAACGGAAUUUAACGUUUCAUUGUUUGGCAUUUUUUGCCAAAAAAACAAUAUGUUGGAGAAAAUAUUAAUAUGUUUGAAGAUAUUGAUAAAUGAAUCUGAUUACUUAACAACUAUAUGCUACAGAUGCGCAGGAAGCGUAGAAAAACAUUACGAAUUCGUUGUACAAGUGAAAACUAUACAAUCAAAGAUAAAUAGUUUGGAAAGGAGCAAUCGUUUUGAGACUUCUAAUGUGAACAGAAGACACGUCACGUCUUACGUAAGAGAGGAGGUUAUCGACGCCGACUACACAUUUUCAUUCCUCGAUGUGUCUAAAAACGAAGAGAAAAAGGAACCCAAACCAUCAAGUCCCUUCUUUUCUUACUUUUCUUCACCUAAUUUACCAAAACAAUCGAAUGAUCGUUGCAUAUGGAAAACGCCUCGCAGUUGCAUUAGCGAUCAAAAAGAGAUAAAAAGUGAGGAGACGCAUAAAAAAUGCAAGAAGGAUAAAACGAAACACCAUUCGCGGGAUCUGUUCGAAUCUCAAUCUCAGGAUUUUGAGGAGCCGGACUCCAGGAGCCUGGAUUGGAAAUUAACCCCAGACGAGAGCCUCAUUAAACGGGUAAGAGAAAAGUGUUUCGGCCGUUUAGAUUACUAGCCAUUUGCUAUACGAUUUCAUAUUCAAUGUUAACUAAUAUGUUUUUAAGAGUAUUAAAGAUUAGUUGAUGUGAAAUAUUCUAUGGAUAUCCGUAGAACAGGGUAAUGUUAGAAUUGAUUUACGCUGUAGUCUAUUGAUAAUUAUAUUGAUGCCUGUUUUAAUUUAUUGAGAGUACUAAAUGUGUUAAGUAUAAGACUACAGUACACACUGACCGUUCACCACCUACAUGGCUAGACUUAUGCGUGUUUUGUUUUCAAAUAACUCUUAACUGUUCUAGUUAUAACACAGUGUAUAAGUUUGAGUGUACUAAUAUAUAAUGAUUGUAAUCUGAUGCUUAUGUAACUGAUUGUUUUACUUAAAACUUAGUUUACUUUAAGGUUACUAGACUAAAACUAUUUCAGGUUUAAUUAAAAAUGCGCAUUGUCUUGUUUAGUUCCUACUAUCGUUAGUUUCUCCGCACAAAAAUCUUCUUAUAAUUUUUUUGGGCCUGUCUAUAAAAUCCAUGUUAUAAUUUAGCUUUGCUACGUGUUAUGUGAUUUUUUCAGUCGUUGAAUCAAAUUUACACCUCAAUAAAAUAUUAAAAUUAA